GUCACUUCAGUAGGUAAAUAUAUCCAUAAAUCCAACUUAACCUAACUUUAUGACUUUUUCUUUAGGUGGUUAUUUUUAUUAAAUCCACGGAUAUAUCUCUUAUUUGAAUUACGAAAUAUAGUGAGUGUAUUUAAAUAUUAUAAAUAAUGAACUUUUUACGACAACUUAUUCCAAAAGUACAAAUUCGACCAACGUUAACUUCAUUUGUAUCAAAUGUUCCCACAAAAUAUAAUCUACCAGACUUCUCAACUCUACUUUCUACUCAAUUAUCACGGCUUAAUAUACAAGAACGAUGGGCCUCCUCUCUUAAUCAAAUGCAUAGAAAAGGACCUCAUAUAAAGAAAAGGAAAUCUCGUAAUCCAUUGGACGGCAAUCCUUUCAUGAAAGGUGUUGUUCUAAAAACCUUGAUCAGAAAACCGAAAAAACCAAAUUCUGCGAACAGAAAAUGCGUUCUGGUUAGAUUAUCCAAUGGAAAAGAAAUGAUUGCUUAUGUACCCGGAAUUGGGCAUAAUUUACAGGAACACAACAUCGUUUUAUGCAGAGUGGGUCGAGUACAAGAUUGUCCAGGAGUUAAAAUCAAGUGUGUCAGAGGAAAAUUCGAUUUAUCCCAUGUAGUUGUUAAUAGACAAUAGGUCCCAUUAUUAUUAAAUGUUUAGAUAUUGUUUUACCUCGAUUAUAAGAGUAUCAUUUAGUUAUCUUUCUUAGUAAACUUGUCAUCUAUUACUUAGUAUAAAAUGUAUGAAACCUUUGAUGAUAUUCAUAAUGUCUGUGUUUAGUUUAAACAGUGUAUUCAUUUUGGUAUAAAAAGCCUGCACAGUGCGUUAUUCAUUCUCCUCGUCAUUUGAAUCUCUCAUUUUCUGUCUUAUUUCAACUUUCAACACUUUUUUUCCUACUGGGUAAUGAAUGCGAUUGUUGUGGGACUGUGGCAAUAAAAUUCCAAAGUAUACUCUUCAAUAUAUAAGCUCCUAGCUUCUGAAUAACUAUUCAACCAUCAUCGGGAAGUUCAUUAACUGAGAAUUUUGGUAUAUAUUUCGUAUCAUUCGAAAUCUCCACUGUCCAACAAUUGUAUAGAGUAAUCCACUGCCAAACUCUGACCUCGGUUGUUCAAAUGAGGAAACAACUAUUUCCUUUGCUAAAGUUUCUUCAUUCCUGGCCAGUACAUUUCCUCUUUAUUCCUCCAUAGUGUUCUCAAUAUCAAUCUUAUAUCUUGGCCUUUCAUAGCUUUAUUACUUGUUUACUAUAUUGUUCUUUCAGCUAGCCACAUUGAUAUUCUUUUACAAUAUGUUUAGGAUAAAUAACACUAGCGUGGACCUACAAUUAUACACCUAGUGCUAUAAGAACAACGUUGGCAUGUCGGUCAAGGACGAACGAUCUUGAUGUCAGAUGUGUUUUAACGGUUUUUUCAGUUUUUAUAAACAUAACUUUACUUUUAUAGUAUAAUUUGUAGUUGCAAAUGGUGAUUAAAGCAGUAGACAGAAUUAUAAAUUAAAUCACUAUAAAAAUAACUUCUCCCAGCGAAAGGCUAAUGGAAUUUGUUUGUGUUCAUGAGCGUUUAUAUGACAAACAGUCGACUGGAUACAAGAAUGUUAUAAAGAAAAGUAACCCACUUUUCAAAAGUCGUUACAAAAACUUAUAAUAUGAUUUUAUUUUUAUUAAGAGUGAGUUUGAUUUGUUAUUUUAAAUAUAUCUAAUCGUGAUAUUUACAAAAUAAUUAUAUUAACGACUACUUGAAAUAUUUCGUUGAUAUUGAUAAUAAUUUCAAAUAAAUGACGUUUGGCAGUGUACUGAUGUGACGUCAGCCUGUCGGCCAUAUGGGCUAAAAAACGUCUUGUAUAUAGUAUUUGGUCGUGAUCCAUAUAAUUAUAGUUGAUACUUAGUAGAUAGAGUCUACAUAAGAAACACGAAUAAAAAUCUAUGAGAACUGUAUAAACACUCAUGUAUAACCCAUAUAAUAAGAGGACACAGAGAGAGAUGGUUGGGACAGAAGAAGAUGUCUGACCAUGAAAUAAAAGAUACAAUUAACAAAAUCUUUUAGUGAAUGGAAACAAUUACAUUUUUUGUAUUGUAUUCGUAUUCUUUUCAUUAUGAGUUUUAAAUCCAACUUUUCAACAGUAAUAAUUCCUCAAAUAGGAUUUACGUCAGCUUAUGAAUAUGGUCUUUUCUACAGAAAAAUACUUUUGUUUGGACUUUAAGUUAAAAAUUUACAUUGGUUAAAAAGUUUGAUACCUCUUAAAAAUGUUAUAAAGGAUACGUUAAGAUUUUUAUGCUGAAUGAUAUUUGAAAGUUACUACAAGAGUAGCUUUACGUUAAAAACCGAAAUUUUCACUAAUAUAAAUGAUUUUUUUUUGUGGAUUCCAAUCUUCGAUGUUUUUAAUUAGAAUAGCAAGAAAUGGGAAGUCAAAAAUUUUUAUUUGAUCUUCUAGAAAAAAUUAAGGCAAAAAAAUUAUACCCUAGAAAGUAAUAAUAAAAAACUAUUAGAAGAGGAAACAGCCAAGUAAUACAAGGAUACGAUGACAAUUAAAUCAGAAAUAUAAUAACACUCUAGGAAAACAUUUAAAAAUUAUGAAAAAAACCUAAAAUAGGACCAUAAUGACAGCAUACAAUAUAAGUAGUUCAACAAUCAUCAACAGUAAAUAAACAAACUACUAGAAAUUUUAAUAAAUAAAUUUAUAUGUCUCCGCACUACUUUAUUAUUAUACAGCGCGCAUUUAGAAUAACAGUUUUUAUCUAGCAGGUAUAAGAAUUACUAGAGAAAAAAUAAUAAAAUGGAUUAAAAGUUGAAAAACUUGACCAAGGACAGAAUUCCAAUAAAAUUGCAAAUAUUGUUAAAAUAGCCAUAUUUUAUCUGAUUUUUAUGAAAAUAUAUGAAACUAUGUAUGUGUUACUGUUUUUUUUUUGUUUAUACGAAAAAAUGUACACUCUUUUUUAAAAUUGAAUUGUAAGGAAGAUACAAACCUUUUUAUUACAAUGUAUUUAAUCAUUACCAAAAGUCAAUUAUAAAUUUUAUCAUUGUUAGUCCCAGAAAAAAUAAUUUAUCGACAAUUUUUGUUUUAGCGGUUUAGAUAAAAUAAAUAUGGUUUAAAGCGUCGUUUUAUAACUAAAGAUGAAACUUGACUACUACCAUCAUGAUCCGGAAUCAAACUGAGGGGCUGAGGAAAGGUGUGAAGCCGUCUAUAGCU